AUGAAUCGCGGCAUCUCUGGAUCUCCAAACUCUUUGCUUUGGAUAUUCCUGCUUUUGUUUGGUUUUUGUCUUUCUGGCCAUGCGCAGCAACCUGAUGCCGCUCACGAUAUCGACAGCGGUGUCGACGACUCUGCUCUUUGGCACACGUACAGCGACAAGACCCACGUCUACAAGUUCAAUGUCUCUUGGGUGGUGGCCAGCCCUGACGACCCUGAUGCCGAUGAGAAUUCGACCAAGCCAGUCAUUGGCAUCAAUGGUAAAUGGCCUUUGCCUCUGAUGGAAGCCACAGUUGGGGACCGCGUCAUUGUCCAUCUUCUCAACCUGCUGGAGACUGAGCCUACGUCUCUUCACUUUCACGGUCUAUAUCUACGGAAUGAGACACACAUGGACGGUCCGGUUCAUGUGUCUCAGUGCACGAUCCCACCUGGCUCAAGCUUCACAUACAACUUCACUGUUAACGAGCCCGGUAUCUACUGGUAUCACUCACAUGUUCAUGGGCAGUAUCCAGAUGGCUUGCGAGGGCCCCUUAUCAUUCACGACCCGGAUGACCCUUUUGCGGACAAGUACAGCGAGACUCGGCUUCUUACCGUCUCAGACUGGUACCUAGACAAGAUGCCAGACCUUAUCGCCCGGUUCAUGAGCAAGGCCAACCCAACAGGAGCAGAGCCCGUACCGGAUUUGGGUUUAUUCAACGACGAGAUCGAUGCAAGCAUCAUGGUCAGUCCUAAGACGACAUACCGUUUUGAUGUGAUCAACAUGGGCGCUUUUGCCAGUGUCUACCUCUGGUUCGAGGGGCACAACAUGACUAUCAUCAUGAUUGAUGGUAUUUAUACCCACCCGGUGGAAGCAAACAUGAUAUACGUAACUCCUGGUCAACGUUACAGCUUCCUCAUCACCACCAAGGCAGACGGCUCGGCAAACUUUCCAUUCGUUGGCAGCAUGGAUCUGUCUUUCAACCCCAAUAUAACCGGGUGGCUGAUCUACGACGAAGACAGCAACUGGCCAGAUGCGGCCAAGCUGGACGGUUCUUUCAAUCCUGUUGAUGACUUUGAUUUGACACCGUUAGAUGAUCAGCCUCUCUUUGGUGAACCAAAUCAAGUUGUGCAUGCAUUCUUCAAUAACAUAACAUAUGUUCCUCCCAAGGUUCCCACCCUUUACACCGUCAUGAGUUCUCAAGAUCUAGCAACCAACCCGGUGGUUUACGGCACCUACACUCAUAGCACUGUUCUCCAAAAGGAUGACAUUGUGGAGAUCGUGCUGAACAACCUCGAUCCGGGAAUCCACCCAUUCCACCUCCACGGCCACGAUUUUCAGGUCGUCUGGCGCUCUGAAGACGAUGCAGGAACAUUUCAAGAUUCAGGCAUCACAUUAUCGGACUUCGCGCGUGUGCCCAUGAGAAGGGAUACUGUUUUCGUACACCCUAAUGGGAACUUGGUUCUACGCUUCAAAGCCGACAACCCAGGUGUAUGGCUUUUCCAUUGCCACAUAGAGUGGCAUGUGCAAUCUGGACUCAUGGCAACCUUUGUUGAAGCGCCUCUCGAAAUUCAACAGUCCCUCACCAUUCCUCCCGAUCAUCUUGACGUCUGCAAGAAGAUGGGAGUGCCCACAGGAGGAAAUGCCGCCGGAAAUUCUGAGGAUUUUUUGAACCUAGAUGGGGAGAAUGCACCGCCCAAUCGGUUGCCUGACGGGUACGUUACUUCAGCAGAGUGGCCUUCAUCUGAUACAGAGUCUGAGGAUGAGUCGAAUGGCUAUUUCAUGUUUACCGGUCCAGGCAUCGCUGCCCUGGUCUUUAGCUGCCUGACAGGUAUACUGGGCGUGAUGACGAUCGCGUGGUAUGGCUUUGCCGAGGAGGUUAAUGACGGAGAGGACAAGAAGGUCCGCAUUGAGGGUCAACAAGACGGAGCUGGGGAUGUCAAGCUGAGGGACAUGCCGUCCGGUUCGACAUUGGUGAAUGAUCGGCGUGUGCAUAAGCUGCGUAGAAACGAGACUCGUGCCAAGCUCAGGGGAGACGGAUUACGAGUUUGA